AUGGAGGUUCCGCAUGUGCAUCCCGGUCCUGCAUCGCUAGAGCUACUAUUGCUACAGGCCGAGCAUAGGUCUUCAUACGUAUGGGAUGGGCAGUGUUUGUCCCAGACAUUCCACGCCAUACGUGUAGACGACAUGUGGGAGUUCAUUAGGGCCCACCCACUCCAUCCCCGUAUAAUUAGACGCCUUCAGGAUACGGAUUUCUACAGGAUCAUAGAGAUCGGCCAGUUGCAGUUCGACCGGGCGUUGAUCAUGGCUAUGAUAGAGCGAUGGCGACCGGAGACGCACAUGUUUCAUCUACCCAACGGCGAGGCGCCCAUCACGCUUGAGGACGUGGAGGUCCUUUUCAAGCUGCCGGUUGAUGGGUUACCUGUAGCUUACUCGCAUGCUCUCAGAGACUAUAGGGGCGACGUGAUAAGGAUGAUCCUGAUAGCGUAG